UCAUUAUUCAAAUGAAGAAGGGCAUUUAGGAGCAAUGAUGACAUUGUGUUUGGUGUCAGUGUUGACACCUAACAGGAUGGAAGAAUCACAAACAAAGGCUGUCUACUUAUAUGUGAACAUAAGAUCUUAGCAUGGAUGAGAACCGGAGCAGCUCAAGGCCGGCAUCUUCCCAGUGCCAUUCCCCUUCUGUAAACCCCUUCAGAAAUAUGGUGGAAUAUUUCAAGAACCUUAUCAAGAACUCAGUAUCUCCAAAGUUUCGUGAAUGGGCAAAGGACUACUGCAGAAGGAAUGGCUUGCUCACCUUAUCAGUGUUAGCAGUGAUGUCUGGUUGUGUGGUGGGAUUCACGUUAAGAAGCUUGAACUUGUCAACACAGGCAAAAAUCUACUUUUCUUUUCCUGGAGAACUUCUAAUGAGAAUGCUAAAAAUGUUGAUACUUCCUCUCAUCACAUCCAGUUUAAUGUCUGGCUUGUCUGCUAUGGACACCAAGGCCAGUGGACGCCUGGGCCUUCUCACCAUCACAUAUUACCUGUGGACUACAUUCAUUGCUGUAAUCGUGGGGAUUGUUCUGGUACUGAUUAUUCAUCCUGGAACUGGCACUGAAAAAGAGGGGCAUAAAGCCUCAGGGGGGCCAGUGAUGACGUCUGCCGAUGCCCUCCUAGAUUUGAUCAGGAACAUGAUUCCAUCCAAUCUGAUUGAAGCCACAUUUCAGCAGUAUAAAACAGAGCUUGUGCCCAAUUUUAAAAAUAGCGAAAAAUCAUCACAAGCCAACUUUGUGUACAUCAUGCCAGACUAUGAAAACCCCAAGAUGGGUCACCCAGUGUUUCUUGAACUCACUCCUUCUCCUGAAAUCCACUACAAGAUUGUACCGGGGAAAAGCAAUGGGAUGAACGUGCUAGGAAUUGUCAUUUUCUCUGCCACUAUGGGUCUUCUGCUUGGUAGAAUGGGAUCCAGAGGUUUACCCCUAGUAAAUGUGUGUCUUUGCAUCAAUGAAUGUGUCAUGAAGAUCAUCAAUGCUGCUAUGUGGUACUUCCCAUUUGGAAUCGUAUUUCUGGUUGCUGGGAAGAUCCUGGACAUGCAUGAUCCUGCGGUCCUUGCGGAGAAGCUGGGGAUGUACUUCAUUACUGUUCUGGCGGGACUGUUCGUCCAUGGUGUGAUUUUGCUGCCACUGUUCUUCUUCGUGUUCACUAGGAAGAACCCCUUUAGUUAUAUCCGCGGCCUCCUCCAGGCUCUGGUUAUCGCUCUGGCGACUUCAUCCAGUUCAGCUACUCUGCCCAUUACAAUGAAGUGCUUACUGGAGAACUGUCACGUGGAUCGGAAAAUUGCUCGAUUUGUACUUCCUGUGGGUGCUACUAUCAAUAUGGACGGCACAGCACUAUAUGAAGCAGUGGCAGCCAUCUUCAUUGCCCAGGUCAAUGAGUACGAGCUUGACUUUGGACAACUAGUUACUAUUAGCAUCACAGCUACAGCAGCAAGUAUCGGAGCAGCUGGGAUCCCUCAGGCUGGUCUUGUUACCAUGGUUAUCGUUCUUACCUCAGUGGGUUUGCCUCCAGAUGAUAUCUCACUUAUUGUAGCCAUCGACUGGAUCCUGGACCGAUUUCGAACUAUGAUCAAUGUGCUUGGAGAUGCAUUAGCCGCAGGAAUCAUGGCUCAUGUGUGCAGAAAGGACUUCCAGAAAGACACCCCACCCUCAAACAACUCAGAGAGACGAGAUACUGUGAUAUCUUUUGGAAACCAAAGCGUGCAGAGUUUUCCCACAUCUGAAGUUCCACUUCUGGCAAACAGGGACUACAUCUUAGAGGUUGUCGGCGAUCAGGUGAUCGAGAGGCCGACUACCUGUUAUAACCUCUGCCAAGUCUAACUUUGACAGACGAUACCAAGCAGGAGCAGAAGAUGCCUUGACUUCACAAAAACCUUCCCCCCUUUCCUCCCCUUCGUUCCACAUUUGUGCCAUUCUGUCUUUUUUAAAUCACAGAUAUUACUGUAACCUAAAGUGUCGCCUUUGGUGAACUUGAACUAGGACAUUUGGGUGCUUUUAACACCUUAAAAUGGGGAGGUUUUGUAAAUUAUAUAAAACAUUUUUAAAUGUUUCUUCUUCUAGAAUUGCCUUAAAUGCAAUAGUUAGUGAUCAUAAUAAUACCACAAUAAUAAAACCACGUCCUGAUAUGUAAAAACAUUAUGCAACUACUAAGUCGACUGGAGCUCCAGAUAUGGAUCAUCAGUUGCCUUAUCAUAAAGUGUAUGGUGAAGACAAAAUAUGAUUUGUAAUGACUAAGAACAGAGAUCUUCAUUGUUCAUAGUUCAGAAUCCCUCUGUUCAAUUCGUCUGGGAUGGGAAGUCGUUGCGCACUGUAAUUACAAUUUGUUUAUUUUCUUAAUAAAAAUGAAAACUGUAA